AGCCCUCGGGCGGGGUGGACAAAGCGGCGGCGGCGGCGUAGCGGCCAGGCCCCGGACGCGCGGAGCCGGCGACCCGCCGGGCCUUUGUCUCGGGCAGGGCAGGCGCGGCGGCCGCGGGGCGCCCCGAGCGCAGGAUGAGGCGCACGGCCGGGCGGAUCGGGGAGCGCUGUGGCGGCCGCCGGCGUGGAGCCCGGCCUGGGGCCCGCGGGCACUUGUGUGCGUGAAGCGGACACCGGCGCGGCCGCACGUGGGCGGGAGCUGCGGACGGCUGGGAGCCCCGGCAGGAGGAGGAGGAAGAGGAGGAAGAGGAGGAGACGCGCGGCGGUGCAGCGGGGACCCGGGGCCGUCCGCGCAAAGCCCCGCCCCGGCCGCCGAGCCCCGCGCGGGCGGGCGGGAUGCCCCGCGGCCGCCGCACUUGGGCCGGAGCGCGGUGCUGAGCGCGCGGCCGGCGCCGCGGGCGCCAUGGAGCAGUGGCGGCAGUGCGGCCGCUGGCUCAUCGACUGCAAGGUCCUGCCGCCCAACCACCGCGUCGUGUGGCCCUCGGCCGUGGUCUUCGACCUGGCGCAGGCUCUGCGCGAUGGGGUCCUCCUGUGCCAGCUGCUGCAUAACCUCUCUCCGGGCUCCAUUGACCUCAAGGACAUCAACUUCCGGCCGCAGAUGUCCCAGUUCCUGUGCCUGAAGAACAUUCGCACCUUCCUCAAAGUGUGCCAUGACAAGUUCGGACUGAGGAACAGUGAGCUCUUCGACCCCUUCGACCUCUUCGAUGUCCGCGACUUUGGAAAGGUCAUCUCAGCAGUGUCGCGACUUUCCCUGCACAGCAUCGCCCAGAACAAAGGCAUCAGGCCGUUUCCCUCAGAGGAGACGACAGAAAACGACGAUGACGUCUAUCGUAGCCUGGAGGAGCUGGCUGAUGAACAUGACCUGGGGGAGGACAUUUAUGACUGUGUCCCCUGCGAGGAGGAAGGGGACGACAUCUAUGAGGACAUCAUCAAGGUGGAGGUGCAGCAGCCCAUGAAAAUGAGCAUGAGCGAGGAUGACAAACGCAACUGCUGCCUGCUGGAGAUCCAGGAGACGGAGGCCAAGUACUACCGCACGCUGGAAGACAUCGAGAAGAACUACAUGAGCCCCCUGAGGCUGGUGCUGAGCCCCGCCGACAUGGCUGCUGUCUUCAUCAACCUGGAGGACUUGAUCAAGGUACACCACAGCUUCCUGCGGGCCAUCGACGUGUCCAUGAUGGCAGGGGGUGGCACACUGGCCAAAGUCUUCCUGGAUUUCAAGGAGAGGCUCCUGAUCUACGGGGAAUACUGCAGCCACAUGGAGCACGCACAGCACACACUGAACCAGCUGCUGGCCAGCCGGGAGGACUUCCGGCAGAAGGUGGAGGAGUGCACGCUGAAGGUCCAGGAGGGCAAGUUCAAGCUGCAGGACCUGCUGGUGGUGCCCAUGCAGAGGGUCCUCAAAUACCACCUGCUGCUCAAGGAACUUGUGAGCCAUUCGGCCGACCGGCCCGAGAGGCAGCAGCUCAAGGAGGCACUGGAAGCCAUGCAGGACCUGGCCAUGUACAUAAACGAGGUCAAGCGGGAUAAAGAGACCUUAAAGAAGAUCAGCGAGUUCCAGAGCUCCAUCGAGAACCUCCAAGUGAAGCUGGAGGAGUUCGGGAGGCCCAAGAUUGACGGCGAGCUCAAAGUACGCUCCAUAGUCAACCACACCAAACAGGACAGGUACCUGUUCCUGUUUGACAAGGUAGUCAUUGUGUGCAAGAGGAGAGGCUACAGCUACGAGCUGAAGGAGGUCAUCGAGCUGCUCUUCCACAAGAUGACCGACGACCCCAUGAACAACAAGGACAUCAAGAAGUGGUCGUACGGCUUCUAUCUGAUCCACCUCCAAGGGAAGCAGGGCUUCCAGCUCUUCUGCAAGACGGAAGACAUGAAGAGGAAGUGGAUGGAGCAGUUUGAGAUGGCCAUGUCCAACAUCAAGCCCGACAAGGCCAACGCCAACCACCACAGCUUCCAGAUGUACACGUUCGAGAAGGCCACGAGCUGCAAGGCCUGCAGGAUGUUCCUCAGGGGGACCUUCUACCAGGGUUACCUAUGCACCAAGUGCGGUGUUGGUGCACACAAGGAGUGCCUGGAGGUCAUGCCCGCCUGCAAGAUCAUGUCACCGGCGGACCUGGACACAUCUGGAGCAGGACCUGGUCCCAAGAUGGUGGCCGUGCAGAACUACCAUGGCGCGCCAGCCCCUCCCGGGAAGGCCGCACUCACCUUCCAGACGGGAGACGUCAUUGAGCUGCUGCGAGGGGACCCCGAGGCUCCGUGGUGGGAGGGCCGGCUGCUGCAGACCAGGAAGUCGGGCUAUUUCCCCAGCUCUUCUGUGAAGCCCUGCCCGGUGGAUGGAAGGCCGCCCGUCAGCCGGCCGCCGUCUCGGGAGAUGGACUACACCGUGUACCCCUGGUUUGCAGGCAACAUGGAGAGGCAGCAGACAGACAACCUGCUCAAGCCCCAUGCCAGCGGCACCUACCUCGUCCGCGAGCGGCCCGCCGAAGCCGAGCGCUUUGCCAUCAGCAUCAAGUUCAACGAUGAGGUCAAACACAUCAAGGUGGUGGAGAAGGACAGCUGGAUUCACAUCACAGAGGCCAAGAAGUUUGAAAGCCUCCUGGAGCUGGUGGAGUACUACCAGUGCCACUCACUCAAGGAGAGCUUCAAACAGCUGGACACGACACUCAAGUACCCCUACAAGUCCCGGGAGCGCGCCACCUCCAGGGCCUGCAGCCGCACCCCAGCUUCCUGCGCUUCCUACAACUUCUCUUUCCUCAGCCCUCAGGGCUUUGGCUCUGGUGCCCAGGGCCCCUCCGCUCCCUUCUGGUCAGUGUUCACACCCCGGGUCAUCGGCACAGCCGUGGCCAGGUACAACUUCGCUGCCCGGGACAUGCGGGAGCUCUCGCUGCGGGAAGGCGACCUGGUCAAGAUCUACAGCCGCAUAGGUGGGGACCAAGGCUGGUGGAAGGGCGAGACCAACGGACGGAUCGGCUGGUUCCCUUCGACGUACGUGGAGGAGGAGGGUGUCCAGUGACAGCCUGCAGGCCGGGGGCAGUCCCGGGAGAGACCAACGAAGCCAUGCUUGGCGAGACGCCCGCAGACCUUGCAGGCCUCGACACCCUGCGGGGAGGGGCAGGUGUUGCUGAGGGCGCCCGAGCGACGCGUGGCCGUCUUCUGCCCGGGGCGCCUGCUUGUACAUAGAAGAAAGCAGCUGCCGUGUGUGUCCGGCUGGCACAGUGUUCCAGAGCCUUCCCAGGGAGGGCUGGGGGCCGCAGAGGGACCUGGCCUCUGGCCAGCCCCACCCUGUUUCUUCCUACUUCUCUCAGGGGGUCUUGGGGCCUGGGAGGCAGGAGGGACCAGA